AUGGGAAGACCCAUGUCCUGCCUGCCCCGCCUACGCACAGCAGAGUACCGCCGGCCGCCGGAGACUGCAACAGUGGGUAUCACGGUAACACGCGGACCGCGUCGAGACUGCAACGAGACACAAGAGGGUAACCCCAUUGCGGGACGCCCGGAAGAUGUUAAACAUCCAACAGAACAAAAAGCUAGCGCAGAACAGAAUCACAAGGGUCUGCCGGUAUAUAGGGUCGUCAAACAACGUCGAAGACGACCUGGAAACUCUGCUACCGCAGCUAAAUCUCCCCAUGAUGCUCAAAGGGAACGCGUCCCGAACACUUCUUCUGUCCAAACCCACGAACGGAGACGCAAGAAGAAAGAUCGGUCUGGUUACCGAUCCCCCAGUAGAUCUCAAGUCACCGGCGGGCCCAGAUCGGGAGCUCCAUCGUCCCCUUUGCCAGAUGACAAAGAGGGACGGAAAAUCGUCUGCUAUUACACCAACUGGUCGCAAUACAGGCCUGGAUUGGGGAGGUUUCUACCGGAGAACCUGGACCCGUUUCUCUGCACCCACAUCGUGUUUGCAUUCUCGUCCAUGAGUGAGAACCGUCUCUCACCAUUUGAGGAGAACGACCUUACGAUGUCGGACGGCGGGCCAGGCCUCUAUGAGCAGGUCACCGCCCUGAAACAGGUCAACCCGAGACUGCGCGUCCUGCUGGCACUUGGUGGGUGGUCGUUCGGCACGAAAAAGUUCAGAGAUAUGACCAGGAAUCGGUACAACCGGCGUACAUUUGUCUAUAGCGUGGCACCUUACCUGCGCGACAAGAACUUCGACGGCCUCGACUUCGACUGGGAGUAUCCCAAGGGCGCCACGGACAAGAAUAACUUCGCUCAGCUCUGCAGAGAACUCCGUGAGUCGUUCGAAGAGGAGGCGGAACAGAGCGAUCUGGAGAGGUUACUGCUGACUGCUGCCGUGCCCGUCGGACCUGACACUGUUCGACGGGGGUAUGACGUCAGAGAACUGGCCAGACACUUGGACCUGUUCCACCUCAUGGCGUACGACUUUCACGGUCAAUGGGAGAGCCAGGCUGGCCACCAUUCUCCGCUGAACGCCCCACUUAGAGACGUGGCCCAUCGCCGUCAGUUAUCCGUUAACGCUUCCGUGCAUAUGUGGAUGGAUAUGGGGGCGCCGGCACAUAAAAUUGUACUCGGGGUGCCCACAUAUGGUCGCAGUUUUACUCUGGCCACCACCACGAACACUGGAGUCAACGCCCCGACGCGCGGCGGUGGAAUUCCCGGACCGUACACGAAUGAAGAGGGCAUACUCGCUUAUUAUGAGAUCUGUCAGCGUCUUCACUCCGGUGCCGUCUACAUUUGGGACCACGAGAUGUCGGCUCCCUACAUAGUCGAUGGCGACCAGUGGGUUGGAUUUGACGACGAACGGUCCGUCAGAAUCAAAAUGGACUUUGUCAAGGAGCUAGGCCUGGCUGGCGCGAUGGUCUGGGCGGUGGAUAUGGACGACUUCACGGCCACUGGAUGUCAGGGAGCCGUCUACCCGCUCAUAACUGCGAUCAGGGAAGAGUUGCUAGGUGUUGCCCGACCUGACCUAGCACCAGACAUCGACUGGUCAGCGGUAGCGGGACGUCCUGUACCUCAAAUACCAACCAACCCGCCGGAACCGCUACUCCCAGUCCUCUCACAACUGAGUGCCGCUGAUAUACUGGCCAUUCUCACCGCACAUGGUAUUAGUCCCGACUCCGCCACUAUUCAAAAGCUCCAGGCACAAGUAGCCAGAGCUCAGACUCCCGCUUCUCCCGCUUACCGCGCUUCCGAGAAUGUUCAGAGACUUGACAACCCUAUCGUCGAGGAAAACUUGGCACCACCGAAGGUUUUCUGCUACAUCACUGAUUGGUCACGAUUCCGACCUGGCCGGGGUCAGUUCCGCCCCCGUGACCUUGACCCUGACCUCUGCACGCACGUGGUUUGGGCGUUCGCGGGCCUGUCCCAAGAUCGGCUGCAGCUGCCAUCGCCUGAUCAGCGACGGUCAGAUCCAGAUAGCGAUUAUCAACAGCUGCUGAGAUUGAAGGAGGUCAAUGCAGAUCUGAAGAUUUUGGUUAGCCUGGGAGGUAGUGUCGUGGAUAAUGAGCAGUUCCGCGAGCUAACCUCCAGCGACUACAGAAUGAACACCUUCGUGUACGACACCGUCGACAGCAUCCGCAGGCUGCGGCUGGACGGACUGGAACUGGCCUGGGAGUACCCCAGCGGUAAUGAAGACAAAGACGCUUACAGUCGGCUGAUUAAAGAGUUCCGGUUGGCGUUCAACAGCGAGGCGUCAGCCAAUGAGAGAGCUCGCCUGCUGCUGACGGCAUCUCUGCCCGGCUUUCCUGCUGACCUUCAGAAUGAGUACAACAUCCAGGAGGUCUCUGAGCACGUGGACCUGUUGAACCUGCUGGCGUUCGAUCUGCACGAUACCCUGGUGGACGUGGUGCGACACGGCGCCCCACUGUUCCCUCUACAGAGCGCGACUCCAAAGGAGCAGCGGUAUCUCAGUGUGGACGGCGCGGCCCGUACCCUGCUCGAAGAAGGAGCAGCCCCAGAGAAGGUGCUCAUUGGCCUGGCAACGUACGGUCGUUCAUUCACGCUCAAACAUGGGGACCAAUACGACAUUGAUGCGCCGCACCUGGGUGCCGGGAAGGCGGGAAAGUUCACAGGCGACCCCGGCUUUGCUGCCUAUUUUGAGAUCUGUGAAUUCCUGGACCAAGAGAACACCACAUUAAUUUGGGACGCUGAGCAGCAAGUGCCGUUUGCUUUCAACGGCGACUACUGGGUUGGAUUUGACGACGAGAAAUCGCUGGAGAAAAAGGUCGAAUGGCUGCGAGAGUUGGGGCUGGGAGGGGUCAGCAUUUGGUCGGCCGACCUGGACGACUUUAGCGGUGCCUGCGGCGGCGGCCGGUACACUCUGAUGUCAGCAGUGCGCGAGGCACUGAGGGGUUACCGCGUGCGAUACACUUAUGACGGGGUGACGGUAACACCUGGUGCUAGAAGCCGCCCUGGAGCGAUUCUUCCAUUGACGGCAGUGGGUGCCGCCGAGCCCGUGACGUGUACCGACGGCGACAAUGACGUCACUUACCACCGUGACCCGCUCGACUGUCGCCACUACUACCUGUGUCAGGGGAGGGUGCGACACCGCAUGCCUUGUCCGAGCGGGCUCGUGUUCAAUGAAGAGCAGUCCGUGUGUGACUGGCCGGAAAAUGUGGAGAGGUGCUGGGGUUGACAGCGCGGCCCCCGCCGUCGGCUGAGAAAUGAUAAUUAUUUCACGUACUUUAUGAACCUACAUGAGCGGAGGAAUGUAGACUACAAAUUGAUAUUGCGAUGUAGUGCCCAAUACUAAAUUGGCCGUUUGUAAAGGGCAUUUUCUUGCUCAUGUCUCUAGAGAAAGUGAUUGCGUGUGCCUGCCUACUCGUGCUGAUUGUAAACGUAUCGAUAGAUCAGUGGUUGGAGACUGCCAGUAUCAAUGCAUUCUUCUCAUAUUUAGAAACCUUCCGCGCUGUACAAAGCUUAUUGCAGUAUGCCUGAUGCCAGUAUAAGUGCCAUUUCUUACAGUUCCAGCGGUAGAUAUUGCCGAUGCAACUGUUGUGCUGCCGUUGACCUUAGGCCAACUUAGUGAUGUUGCUCUACUGUCAUGUAUGUGUGACUUGUAUUGUGCAAGACGUGCGAUAGAUAUAGCUCCUGUGUAUACAUGAUGAAACACGGGGGAGCGCUUGAGUCGCUGCCUGUACCGUACCUUCUGUUGUUUUUCUUUCAUAACGCAAGGUAAGCCU